AUGGCUGUGGAACCCGUGGAUCUGGAGUUGAAGAAGGCCUUCACAGAACUUCAAGCCAAAGUUAUUGACACUCAACAGAAGGUGAAGUUUGCAGACAUACAGAUUGAACAGCUAAACAGAACAAAAAAGCACGCACAUCUUACAGAUACAGAGAUUAUGACUUUGGUAGAUGAGACUAACAUGUAUGAAGGUGUAGGAAGAAUGUUUAUUCUUCAGUCCAAGGAGGUAAUUCACAGUCAGCUGUUAGAGAAACAGAAAAUAGCAGAAAAAAAAAUUAAAGAACUAGAACAGAAAAAAUCCUACCUGGAGCGGAGUGUGAAGGAAGCUGAGGACAACAUCCGGGAGAUGCUGAUGGCACGAAGGGCACAGUAGGAAAUCUCCAGCCGAAGCUUCCUGCCCCCUCCCAUUCCUGGCAAGGGCAGGUGGGGGGCCCACGUGGAGAAACUUCUCUUCUGCCCGGGUGGACUUUUUAUGUGGAUGAUCUCAUA